AUCCACCUGGGUGAGGGCCACAAUGUCCCACACUCCCUGUUGCAAGCUAGUUGACUAUUUUGAAGAACUGAGUGAAGGUGAAUUCAAGAAAUUUAAGAUGCACCUCGAGGACUACCCACUGGAGAAGGGCUACAAGCCCAUCCGCCGCUCCAAGACUGAGAAAGCCACUUGCGUUGAAAUAGCCCGAUACAUGACUGAGGCGUAUGAGGAUGCCAAGGCACUGAGGAUGACCGUCAACAUUUUGGACAGAAUAAAUAAGAAGGAUCUGUCUGCAAGAAUCCGAAAGGAGAUGCCGGAAUAUUUCCUUCAGUCUCCAGAAUCAGACAAUGGGAUGUUUUCUGGAUCUCAAAAGAAAGUGGAGGUGAUGCUGGAUCCCAAGACAGCUUUCCCCACCCUCAUCCUUUCAGAAGAUCGGAAAAGUAUAUAUAUGGGCGAGCGAGCCCAGGACCUUCCUAGCAAUCCUGAACGCUUUAAUUUUUGUCCUUGUGUUCUGGGAGCAGAAGGCAUUGAUUCUGGGAUUUCAGAGUGGGUGGUUGAAGUGGGCAAGGCUAAAAACUGGGCCGUUGGUGUUGUCCGUGAAUCAGUAGAAAGAAAAGGAUACUUAUAUAUUACAGCUACCGAAGGGUUUUGGGUAUUGCAGUUGAUGCAUGGAGAAUAUGAGGUUUCCACCACACCUAAGACCAUUCUUCCACUGUGGAAGUCAGUACGACGGAUCCUGGUUCGCCUAGAAUUCAGUUUAGGCAAUCUCUCCUUUUAUGAUGCGGACUCUAAGGAGAUUAUCUUUCCUUUCAACUACCCAUUUUCUGAGAAAAUGUUCCCAUUCUUCCUGACUUGGGACAAAAAAAAUCCCUUGAAAAUCAUUCCAAAUGACUCCAGAGGUUAAUUCGGGGAAGAACAAGGAGAAGCAGUGUUGUGAAAUGGCCCCACUUGAAUCAUUUUCUGCUCAUAGUUUGAAGUAAUUGCCAUCAGAUUCAGUGAAUCUUACUUCUGAUUAAACACAAUAGUGUUGUUAAUUUCUGAUUUCUGCUCCCUUUGUUCUCUUCGUGGGAACUUUUUUUAAGGCCUUGAGUGUAUGUAUGAAAAAAGCUUGAGAAAUAAAGCUUGGAAAACAUUUACCCAUUAUUCAUAAAGAUUCCAAAAAGAAGAAGAA